CAGUCGAACUGCUCUAAUUUAAAACAGCAUGGUUUUGUGAGGCGCCACGUCUCUGGUCUCCUCCCUCCGGUGCUGAACCCCACUCUAUUUUUCGCAACUUCUCUGGUGAAUGUAAGACCAGCUCGGAAAGUGGGUUGAUCAUUUGCCGAUGGAUUUUGAAGAAAGUCAGCUGCAGACUCGAUAUACCGGGAGCUCGAAGGCGGCGGUAACGGACGAUUCCGUCACCGUCUCAGACCAUGUCAACGUCACCACCGGUACCGACGCCCAACCUACAUCGCCUCCUCCGCUGUCUUCCCCUGACCUCACCUCCUUCAAAGAAGGUGAAGAAGUCAUUGUUUAUCACUGCAGUCAUCCGUACGCAGCUAGGAUUCAAAGGGCUGAGUUCAACGAGAAACAGUGGAGGUAUUUUGUUCACUAUAUUGGUUGGAAAAAAAGGUGAGUCUAUAUGUGCCACUUCAUGCUCCUAUUAAAUCAAAAGCUGAACAAAUUUGAGCUUUGCUGAAAGUUUAGUAAACAUUUUAUCAGCUGGGAUGAAUGGGUGGGUGUGGACCGGUUGCAAAAAUGGACUGAAGCGAACAUCCGAAAGCUAGAAGAGCGUGGACCCCAAACAAAACCCCCUGCAGGCACAAGCAGUAAAAAGCGGAAGAGAUAUGAUGCUCAAAAGGACAAAGGUGGACUACCUUCAGAGAAUUUUGUUUUUAACCUCCACAUUCCACAUCCAUUAAAGAAGCAGCUAAUUGACGAUUGUGAAUUCAUUACCCAUUUGGGCAAGCUUCUCCAACUUCCUCGUUCUCCUAGUGUGGAUGAAAUACUUGGCCAAUACAGUGCCUAUCGGCAAAAGAAAGAUGGGAUGGUAGCUGAUUCACUAAGGGAAAUUCUCAGUGGAUUGCAACGUUACUUUGACAAAGCAUUGUCAGCCUUGCUGCUUUACAAGAAUGAGCGUGACCAGUAUGAAGUAGCAAUUAAAGAUGGAGUCUGCCCUUCGUUUGUCUAUGGUGCUGAGCAUCUAUUGCGCUUGUUUGUUAAAUUGCCUGAAAUAUUGCACCAUGCAAAUAUUGAGGAUGAGUCAGUGAUUGAGUUACAGCAGGAAUUACAGGACUUCCUCAGGUUCCUACACAAGAAUCAGAGCUCAUUCUUCGCAUCAUUUUACAUUAAUUGAUCCUCAAGGUUGUGCUGCUGAUGCGGCGGCUCCAAGAAAGAAAGAAAUCAGAUGCUUAGCUUUGGCCACUACCAGUUUGUAUUUUGUAAUAUUAUAAUAUUAAAGUAUUAAGCUGUGAACGAGCCAAUCCACUUAUCCACAGUGUCUGUCUCUUGCUUUUUAGAUGAACUGCCUUUUGCCGUGAACGUUUUCAGGUGGUUCUAGCUCCAUGUACUAGUGCCCUUGCAACACAGGGUUUAACAACACUAUUUUCAAUUUUAUGUCCAAUAACUGAAUGAAUUUCUCUUUACCCAACCCGUGCAAUCCGG